AUGGGAGCUUCCAGCACAAAAUCUCGAGAUCCAGAAAUCGAGAACUUUGUACAAGAAACGAUAGAAAAGAAUCGCGUUGUUAUUUUCUCAAAAACAUUCUGUCCAUACUGCACAAUGGCUAAAAAUCAAUUCGAGAUGUUGAAUGCUGAGUAUAAAGCAAUAGAAAUCGAGAACAGACAAGAUUGUGAUCAAAUACAGGACGUUCUUGGUGACAUGACAGGAGCUCGAUCAGUUCCAAGAGUAUUUGUUAAUGGUAAUUUUAUAGGAGGAGGAACUGAUGUUAAAAAGCUUUAUCAAUCGGGUCAAUUGGCUAAAAUGUUAAAUCAAAGUUAA